CCGCGGACUUGCAGCGCGGGACUCCGUGUGCGACUCGGUCCUGCAGCGCCUCUAGGCUGCGGGUCGGCGCUCCAACCACCUGCUCGGCGCUGCGUCCUGGGAAGCGGGGAGGAGAGAGGAGCGAGGAGGGAGGGGGCCGGGGGAGGAGAAAGGCGGCUUACACACGCCUUCCAGUCCUCCACUCAGAGCAGCCCGAGGACCGCCGCCGCCGCCGCCGCCGCCGCCGCCACGGCUCUGCCACCUGAGGAGACCGCCUGGACCCGCCGCGCGGCUGCCACCCCGGCCACUGCGCCCGGCGCCGGGCUGCCUGGACACGCCGCCGCGACCAGCACUGUUGCUACUAGUAUUAUUCCAAGAGAAGGAGAAUAACCGACCAGCCUAAAAGAGCCACGUCCACCUUUCCGAAAAUACUCCGGUGUCUCCGGGGAAGAGCGGGCGCUCGGCGCCGGCAGGAGCAGCCCGGGGCCCCGGGCAGGUGCCGCAGGGGAGGGAGCAAGAGUUGGGGCGCUGCGUGGUGCGAAGUUGCCUGCGGCGGAGCCCCGAGGUCCUGCGGCCCCAGCCCGGGGGCGGCGUGCCUGGGAGGAGCCGCUGCCCCUGCGUCCGGACCUGCGAGCCCGCGGGCAGCCAGGGGCCGGGGACGACGCCCCCUCCUGCGGCGCGGACUCCGUCGGUGGCCCCCGGGGAGGCGCGGGAAUAUGGCCUCGCAGGCGGGCCCCUCCUGCCGUCUAGUCUUCUGCCUCUUGAUCUCCGCCGCCGUCCUCCGGCCAGGCCUUGGAUGGUAUACUGUAAACUCAGCGUAUGGAGAUACCAUUAUCAUGCCUUGCCGACUCGAUGUACCUCAGAAUCUCAUGUUCGGCAAAUGGAAAUAUGAAAAGCCCGAUGGCUCCCCAGUAUUUAUUGCCUUCAGGUCCUCUACAAAGAAAAGUGUGCAGUACGACGAUGUACCAGAAUACAAAGACAGAUUGAGCCUCUCAGAAAACUACACUUUGUCUAUCAGUAAUGCAAGGAUCAGUGAUGAAAAGAGAUUUGUGUGCAUGCUAGUAACCGAGGACAACGUGUUUGAGGCACCUACAAUAGUCAAGGUGUUCAAGCAACCAUCCAAACCUGAAAUUGUAAGCAAAGCACCUUUUCUCGAAACAGAGCAGCUAAAAAAGUUGGGAGACUGCAUUUCAAAAGACAGUUAUCCAGACGGCAACAUCACAUGGUACAGGAAUGGAAAAGUGCUGCAACCCCUUGAAGGAGUGGUAGUCUUAAUUUUUAAAAAGCAAAUGGACCCGGUAACUCAGCUGUAUACCAUGACUUCAUCCCUGGAGUACAAGGCAACCAAGGCUGACAUACAAAUGCCAUUUACCUGCUCUGUGACGUAUUAUGGACCAUCUGGCCAGAAAACAGUUCAGUCUGAACAAGCAAUCUUUGAUAUUUACUAUCCUACUGAGCAAGUGACAAUACAAGUGCUGCCAUCAAAAACUGCCAUCAAAGAAGGAGAUAAUAUCACUCUUAAGUGCUUGGGAAAUGGUAACCCUCCUCCUGAGGAAUUUUUGUUUUACCUACCAGGACAGCCUGAAGGAAUAAGAAGCUCAAAUACUUACACGUUGACAGAUGUGAGGCGAAAUGCAACAGGAGACUACAAGUGCUCCCUGAUAGACAAAAAAAGCAUGAUUGCUUCAACAGCUAUCACAGUUCACUAUUUGGAUUUGUCCUUAAACCCAAGUGGAGAAGUGACCAAGCAGAUUGGCGAUGCCUUGCCUGUGUCAUGCACAAUAUCUGCUAGCAGGAACGCAACUGUGGUAUGGAUGAAAGACAACAUCAGGCUUCGAUCUAGCCCAUCAUUUUCCAGUCUCCAGUAUCAGGAUGCUGGAAACUAUGUCUGUGAAACUGCUCUGCAAGAGGUCGAAGGCCUAAAGAAAAGAGAGUCAUUGACACUCAUAGUAGAAGGAAAACCUCAAAUCAAAAUGACAAAGAAAACUGAUCCCAGUGGACUGUCUAAAACAAUAAUCUGCCAUGUGGAAGGUUUUCCGAAGCCGGCUAUACAGUGGACAAUUACCGGCAGUGGAAGCGUCAUAAACCAAACAGAGGAAUCUCCUUAUAUAAAUGGCAGGUAUUAUAGUAAAAUUAUCAUUUCCCCUGAAGAGAAUGUUACAUUAACUUGCACAGCAGAAAACCAGCUGGAGAGAACAGUAAACUCCUUGAAUGUCUCUGCUAUAAGUAUUCCAGAGCACGAUGAGGCAGACGAGAUAAGUGAUGAAAACAGAGAAAAGGUGAAUGACCAGGCAAAACUGAUCGUGGGGAUCGUCGUUGGUCUCCUCCUGGCUGCCCUAGUUGCUGGUGUUGUCUACUGGCUGUACAUGAAGAAAUCAAAGACUGCAUCAAAACACGUAAACAAGGACCUUGGUAAUCUGGAGGAAAACAAAAAGUUAGAAGAAAACAAUCACAAAACAGAAGCCUAAGAGAGAAACUGUUCUAAUUGUUGUCCAGAGAGAAAAAAAAACUAUAUAGACCAAUUGAAGCAUGAACGUGGAUUGUAUUUAAUACAUAUACAAAGACAUUGACAGCAAUUCAUGGUUCAAGUAUUAAGCAGUUCAUUCUACCAAGCUGUCACAGGAUUUUAGAGAAUUAUCUCAAGUUAAAACAAUUAAAUGAAAUUACAAACAAAAACAAGUUUUGGCAGCCAUGAUAAUAGGUCAUGUAUUGUGUUUGGUUUGAUUUUUUUUUUUUUUUUUCUGUAAAUGUCUGCACUGAGGAUUUCUUUUUGGUUUGCCUUUUAUGUAAAUUUUUUACGUAGCUAUUUUUAUACACUGUAAGCUUUGUUCUGGGAGUUGCUGUUAAUCUGAUGUAUAAUGUAAUGUUUUUAUUUCAAUCGUUUAUAUGGAUAAUCUGAACAGGUACAUUUCUGAUUCUGAUUGCUAUCAGUAAUGCCCCCAAAUUUUCUCACAAGCACCUAAAUCCCAAAGGUGGCAGCUUGUGAAGCCUGGGGAACGCACACAUUGCUCUAUUCAAAAACUGUGAUUUUUUUUUCUUUUUUUUAAUCACAAGGGAAGGGGAAGCAGAGAGUCAGAUUGAUAAGCAGCAGACGAAUUGAUUCUGUGCAUGCACGACCAGCUGACUCUCAGAAGUAAGUCACACAUGCACAUGGACACACAUACAUGAUAAUGGUACUCCCAAACUGACAAUUUUGCCUAUUCUAAACAAGACGUAACACAGAAUUUGGGUAGCACUUACCUCUAGAGACACCUGCUAAUAAAUUAUUUUCUGUCAAAAGAAAAAAAACCCAACGUGUGAGAGACAGUUUGGAAAAAUCAUGGAUAACAUUCCCAUUUUCACAGCUCGCAAUGUAAAUCACUGUAAUUAAAAAUUGGUGUUAAAUCCUUUGGGUUAUCCACUGCCUUAAAAUUAUACCUAUUUCCUUUAAAAAAAAAUAGAUAUCAGUCAGAAUUGGAGAUUUUUAACAGUGGUCAUUAUCAAAGCUGUGUUAUUUUCCACAGAAUAUAGAAUAUAUAUUUUUUUCGUGUGUGUUUUUGUUAACUACGCUACAGAUAUUGAAUGCACCUUGAGAUAAUUUAGUGUUUUUAACUGGUACAUAAUUUAUCAAGCAGUACAUGAAAGUGUAAUAAUAAAAUGUCUAUGUAUCUUUAGUUACAUUCAAAUUUGUAACUUUAUAAACAUGUUUUAUGCUUGAGGAACUUUUUAGGGUGGUAGUAUAAAUUGGAAACUUUUUGAAGUAGACUGGAUAAAGGCCCAUAGCUACUUGUGACUAGACUUUUAAACUUUGCUCUUUCAAGCAGAAGCCUGGUUUCUGGGAGAACCCUGCACAGCCAUUUUUUGUCCCAGGAUUUACGUAACUUUACAGGAAAAAAAUUAAAAGAAAAAAAAAUGAACAUCAGAUUUCCAGGUAAAGAACUGUAUUCUUUGGGAGGAAAAGGAAAACUGAUGUUUGUUUUUUAGACUGAUGAGAUAAACAAUUCUGAAGGCGAUGAAAACGAAAUAGAAGAUAAAGUCAGAAGGAGAUUGGGAAUAAUAUUUCGCCACUUCUGCAUUAUUUAGAAACACAUGUUAUUGUACAUUUAGUAAACUGUUGAUUGUUCUGAGCAGUAGUGACUCAGUUUAAUAAAAGCUUCCUGUAGUGCAUUGGUAUGGACUCAAUACAUAAAAUAUCCUACUAGACUCAAUGCUGUAUAAAAUAUUAUGGGGAAAAAGAAAAUAUGUUAUUUUGCCUCUAAACUUUGAUUUAUUGAAGUUUUAUUUGGCAGGAAAAAAAAAUUGAAUCUUGGUCAAUAUUUAAACCAAAGUGAAAGGGGAAAAAAACCAAAGUUAUUUGUUUUGCAUGGCUAAGCCAUUCUGUUAUCUCUGUAAAUACUGUGAUUUCUUUUUUUUUUUCCUUUUCUCUUUAGAAUUUUGUUAAAGAAAUUCUAAAAUUUUUAAACAUCUGCUUUCCACAAUACACCAUGAACACUAAAAUGAAAUUACUUCCCUAUAAAUAUCUUUUUUUUCUUUUUUUUCUUUUGGUGUGGGAGAUCAAAGAUUCAAAGUCUAACUCCUAAGAUAUAUUUACAGAAAGAAGCGCUGUCACAAUAGAGAGGGUAAUACUACAAUUAUUUCUUGGCUUCCACUUGCUGUAGUUAACUAAGUCCAAAAACAGCUGUCAGAACCUAAAGAGCAGAACAUUUGAAACUCAGAGCUCUGGAUGGAAAGCAGGAAGUUUGCCGGGGACAAAGGGGACAGCACUAUUACUAUUGAAUCAAUGCCUGGAGAAAAAAAGCGGAGUUUAUUUGUGUAACGGGAGCCACAUGCACAGCGAGGCUGGGAAGGAAGAUACUGCACCAUCCUUAACUUCGGAGCUUGCAUCUCUCCAAUGUAACGCUUUGGCAAUAGGAGACAGGUCUUGCCAGUUCAAGUCUCACUUCCUGUCUGUGUUACCAGAAUUGUACGUGGAAAUGGAUUAACAUACCCGUCUAUGCCUAAAAGAUAAUAAAAAUGAAAUAUGUCUUCA